GUAAUUCAGAAGGCUAUCUUGUGUGCUAUAAUUUUGUUUCGGUUGUAUUUAGUUGUUUUGUUUCAUAUAUGUUCCAAUUGUCAAUAGCUUUACUGGCAAAGAGAGAUUCUACAAUCAUAUAUACAUGUACGGCUGUACCACAAACAAACACAACAAGACUAUCAUCUGUUCUCCUGGUCGGUUAACUGGUUUAGGAAUGUAUGAUUUGCUAGUGAUUUCUUACAGUAAAUCUGUAACAAUUUGUAACAAUUAGAGACAGUACCUAUGUUUGAGAAUGAUCUGCAGAAAAGGAGAUUCUGCCGUCUAAAGAGAAAAAGAAAAGCAAGAAAAAGAAGAAAAGAACAAAAAGACAAGAGAUAUCACAAAGAGGAUCAACAGCAUGGCAUUGUCUACCGGUGCAAGCAAGGAAGCAAUGCUUUGUAAACAACAAAAGCAACAUGAUGCCAAAAGCCAGUACCUUCACCGCAACACCCGUCCUGCCGAAACGUAUGGCUGCUCCAUCUCUCACUGCAUUCUGAGGAGCUCCAUGACAUGGAACUGUGAAGUUUCAUUUUGUCUUAACCAAGAUGAUCGAGUGAUAUAUCGCCGCCCGCGACUGGAUUUCUUGGGGACAUCAUUUCUUAUCCCUGCAAGUGUUCUUCCCUAUUUCUUGGAGACAGCUUCAGAGAUAGCAAAGGAUCUUGACGACGCCGUCAAACAAUUGAUUGAUCUUUUGUGUGAAUGCGACCGUACUACACGAGGCAAAGCUAAAGCAUUUUGCUUUGGUGGCUGGGAUGCUGAGGGUCUGGGAGCAUCUGCUGUUCUUAGAGCUACAGCAGAAGCCUUAAAAUCCACAAGUGAUCCUGACAUGAAAAGGCAUAUUGGCAGAAUUAUCCAUGUGGAUUGCUCCCUAUGGAAAAAUACAAGGGCCAUGCAGAGGGCAAUCGCGGAGGAGUUGAACCUUCAGCAUGUAAUGGCACUAUUUGAUGAGCAGGAUGAAGAAGAUUAUUUUAGAGGGGUAGAUGAGAGCUCUAGGGAAGUGAUAGCAAGCAUCGGAAGAGUGAUCUAUGAAUCUCUAAUGUAUGAAAAGUUUCUGCUGAUUUUCCAUUAUGGGGGAGAUGAAGAUAUUGAUCUGGCAGAGUGUGGCAUUUCUGAAGUUGGUCCGUUUGGUAAAGGUAAAUUGCUGUGGACCAAUCAUGGAAGAUUUCCCUACUCAGUGAGAGGAUUUCAUAAGUUGAUGUCCAUUUCUACUUACAUUGACAUGACCAUCUACUCUGGCCCUCAAGAUAUGGUCUCCAACUCCAUCUCUAUCAAAAAUAGUAGUCACCCGGUGUGUGCUUUCUUUCACAAACAAGCAGCUGCAGUGAUUGAUCACACCGGCAUGGAUGGCAUCAACCCGACAACAGUUCUAGAUUGCUUAUUAUACUCAACGUUCCUGACACAACAAUCACAUCAAAACCGAGCUAUCGGUGUCGACUAUGGUUGGGAUACUCACGCUUGCAACUACUGGAUUUGUGAUGGAAUCCUUCAAGGGGACAGAGCUUGGGAGAUUGGCAAUGCAUUAUAUGGAGUGAUAUCACGGUUAGGCUAUUCUUCAGCGGCAACAGGACCAUUUGCAGAGUAUUUGAAUCGGCGAGAAAACCCCUAUAAUGGCUGGUAUUCAGUUACCUCAAACAAACAAACUGCACAUGACAUGUGUUAUGUACCCAAUAGCGCAUCAUCAUAUUUCCUAACUUAUAAGGGACAUGAUCCAAUUUAUCUACGUUAUGAUUUUUUUCACCUAGCUACCAAUCUCCGUGUGCUAAAACUCAGCAAGUGCAGCUUUGAUUUUGCAUAUCCUCCUUUUCGGUGUUGCCACAACUUGAGAUUCCUUUGGCUUGAUCACUGCACAAACACAAGGAAGGGGUAUGGCAGAGGAUCAAUUUUUCCCAACCUGUUGGUGUUUGACUUGCGUUUCACAGAAUAUGUUUUAUUUCCAAAGAUGAUUGAACUGAUGACAGAUCUCAGGGAGAUAAAUACAAAGGGAGUCUCAUGGAAGACUAUCAGUCAUGCAUGGAAAAGGCUACAGAAACUUCACAAGCUCCGAGUAACCGAAUCUUCAGAUGUCAUCACAGUGGACAGUUUCUCUUCCAUAGAUAUGAUGGAUCUGCAGCUCCUUGAUUUGUCCGGCAACACUCGCAUGGAAUCAUUACCUGAAUUGUCAUCAGCAAUAAGUUUGAAGAUGCUUGUUCUUGAUGGUUGUUCCAGCUUGGAGCAUAUUGUACUCCAAGGAGCUCUUCCACUGCUUGAGAGUUUCAGCUUUGAUGGUUUUGGCCCAGCUGACAACUGGACACAUUCCAUAGAUCUGCCACAAAGGGAAUUACGACUCAAGUCUCCGGUAGCUCUAGAUGAGAAGAAAGCCAAGGUGGUCUCACAACAAAGGAAUAAAGGGAAAGAAAAGGCCAAGGUGGCCUCCCAAAAAGAAGAAGAAACAGCCAAGGUGGCCUCGCAGAAAAAGGAAUUAAAAGCCAAGGUGACCAAGAUCUCCCUAGAGGGUUGUGUUCGAUUGCAUAAAAUAUUCUUGCGUGCAUUGCCCAAUUUGAAGGAACUGGACCUCUCUAGUACAUCCAUUAAAGUGCUCAACCUCAAGGCAAUGGGUGUUCCAGGCCUCAGGAAGCUAUUCCUAUUGGGUUGUCAGCAACUUCGUGCCCUGAUCUGGGACGGAUACCCUAGAUUGCAAGUGCUACAUGUAGACACACGGGGAACCACAAGAUCAAUGCGGGGUUGUGGAGAACACGGAUCCUUUGACUUUAAGGCAUGUGUUGCCUUUACAGAUGGAAGGUUCAUAGGGCCAGCCAUACAAGGCAUAAAAAACCAAAUUUACCCUAACUCCUCCAGGGUACACCUCCUUAUCACUUGUAUGGAUCAUAGCCAAGCCAGCAUCACGAAUAGUGUUGAGGAGGUUUGCCCUAGCCAAGAAACCAAUUUGGUUCCAACAGGGAAAUUGUCUCUUUAUAAUGAUAUUGCCCUUGUCAAGGAUGUCAAAUGCUUGUCCUUGUUAUGGGACCGUCGACAGCUUCAACCUUUGGACAAGCACAUCGAGAUUGGCGAAGGAAGCUACAACUUUGAGAGUAUAGAUGACAAUGGACAUUUCAGGGAUUUUGUUUUGACAUUUGUUCAAUCGUUGCAUGUGCAUGACAAUUCAUCCAUCACUGCUAUUCCCCCAAAGCGUGGAGGGAUCUGGCGCGGCCUAGAAUGGUGUCAUGUGGAUAGGUGCCCCAAGCUCCACAUUCUUUUUAAAUGUUGGAGGGCACAAAUGAACUUUGAACACAUAAGGGCAUUCUCAGCUUCUGAUCUCCCGAUGGCCUAUUGCAUCUGGGGUAGAGGCAUUAAUACUCAAAGCAGUAGUCGUUGUUUCAAACAACUGCAGCACAUAUACCUGCACAACUGCCCUCGGCUGGUGUUCGUCCUCCCCAUUUCCUUCAUCUUGCAUAGCUUGGAGACCCUCCAGAUUGCGUACUGCAGUAACCUUCGACAUGUUUUCCCAUUGGACAAAUGGUGCCCUCAAGAAAUCGCAUCUAGUGUCAAAUUCGAGAAUCUGAAGCACAUCAAGCUAUACCAUCUUCAUAGCCUGGAGCAGGUUUGCGAGGCCAAACUGACCGCACCAGCAUUACAGACGAUCAGUCUCAGGGAUUGCUGGGGCCUGAGGCGUCUACCGGCUGUAGCACAUGAAGGUCCUAAGCCGGUGGUGGACUGUGAGAAGGACUGGUGGGAUAAGCUCAUGUGGGACGGCAUCGAUGUUGGCCAUUACCCGUCGCUCUUCGAAAUACGCCACUCAGCUCACUACAAGAAGACCAUCCCAAGGGGCUCCCUUCUAAGAUAAUCUGUUAUGGUACUAGGCGUGUGGUUCACCAAUACAAGGGAGGUCGGCCUGCGGGAAGCAUUUAUCGCUGUUACCUGUUCUCUUCUCACCACUCCUUGAGCCCUUACCAGCUGCGCAUGUGUGUUUGAACUUUGAAGUGUGUUUGUGCUGCUACAUGCGUCAUGAAUGAACGGUAUGUUUUUACCAAGGUGUGUUAGCUUGGCUUUGUGCGUUAAGCAAGCACUAUAGUGCUAGCUUGUGUGUGGAGUAUGUUGGUUUGAUGUCUGCUUGUAAUAAGAGGGUGUGCACACCUUUGUGCAUCAACACUGUGGUGUGCGUGAACCGUAAAUUCAGCGAGUGUUUGGUUGAUGAGAUGACAUAUAUGAUUGUGAUGAGUGGCCGGGUGAUCUGACGGUAUUUUCAUCUGCUAAUA